UAAUUGGCACUUGUGUUGUUUUUGUUUGUACGACAAGGAACAGGAUUUACUUAUAAGCACUUGAUGAAUCACACAAUAACAUCAAUUUAUGAGAGUAUUUAAUAACAAGUAUGUUCUCUGUAUUAAACAUUAUAUGACCGAAGAAAGAAUGAAUAAAUAUGUAUUAUCAAAGGGUAAAACCUUGUAUCUUUGUCAGUUGGUCGUGUUAUUUGAUUUUGAUUGUGAUAUUUUGCAUUUCAAUGGUUACGAAAGUUGCAGCGGAAAAUUCAAGACAAUACAAGAUACUCCGUGAAAGGAUUGGAAGACUAGAAGGCAGGUUUGCAGACGACAUUUCUUUGAUCCGGGAGGAAUUUUACAACGAAUUAAAUACAUUAGCGAACAAGAAAUUUGGUCAAACCAUGAACGUUAAUUCUACAAUUAACCUGGAAAUAGGUUCAGAAAUUGAAUCUUUGAAGAUAAAAGUCGAUCGUAUGAUUAACGAAUCUUUCAACAGAUUUAAUGUAUUAAGGGAAGGAAGCAGGCAAGAGAAAAGAAUUCGUAGGGAGAUUCAAAGUGAAAUCGAUGAAAUUAAAGAAGGGAAUGCUGACGUAGUUAAUUCCGUUGAUAGAAUGUCACAAACUGUCACUUCAACGAUUAAUAACAUUGUGGAAAAGAUCACUGUUACACAAAAGAUGAAUGACAUUGUAAAAGUACUCGAAGAUGUAAAAGAUCAACUCAGUUCUAACAUUCAAAACAAAUGUGUGCAUGAGGCCGAAAAAGUAGAAAGGGUCGCAGACUGUGCUGACUUGCUGAAACAGGGGUAUAAGACUAGUGGUGUAUAUACAGUGUUUCCAAAAACAAUGUGGCGGCCUGUAAACGUAUACUGCGAUAUGGAAACCUCGGGUGGCGGGUGGACUGUGUUUCAAAGAAGAAAAGAUGGGUCGGAAAAUUUUAACAGAAAAUGGGUUGAAUAUGCAUUCGGUUUUGGAAAUUUGUCUGGUGAGUUUUGGCUUGGAAAUGAAUUUAUCCACAGAUUAACAGAUGGUGUGCCACAUGAGUUGCUUAUAGAAUUGGAGGAUUUCGAAAACGAUCAUCGGCAUGCAUCGUAUGGGCUGUUUUCGGUUGGUUCUGCAGAAGAGUCCUAUAAACUCUAUGUUAAUUUCUUCACUGGGAACGUCACUGAUUCUCUAGUAUCUAGACAUUCAGGACAUAGUUUUUCUACAGCCGAUCACGGAGUCUCGAUUUCUUGUGCUAAAUCCUAUAAAGGAGGAUGGUGGUAUGAAAAUUGUCACAGUGUUAACAUUAAUGGUUUGUAUCUGAAAGGUGAGCAUAAGUCUUACGCCGACGGUGUCAACUGGAAAGGUUGGCGUGGUUAUCACUACUCCCUAAAGAAAACCGAAAUGAAAGUUCGACCUCAUUAGUUUAUCAGUGUUAUCAGUUAUAUGAACAAGGGGACAUAGAUGGAAGGAAAUAUAAUGUUAUUUGUUUUGAUUUUAUUUAUUGUAGUUCUCCAGCAUGUAUUCAAAAAGAAUUAUAUCAGUCUAUUAAAAGUCCUUUGGAAAAAGAUCUUACUAUUUACUAUAAAGUAUUGGAUUGUUUGACAACUUUAAAAAAGAAACUGAUAUUAAUCAUUCCAUUAUUUGACUUCUGUUUUUGAAAAAAGGACAUUAAGGCAGCAUGACUCCGGAUUCAUGCUUAUUUUCAUGAACAUUUUGAAAAAGUAUCUGAAAAAUGAAGUAAUGUGAAGUAAACAAAGAAAGUGUUUUUUACAAAUGGCAAACGGCACUAACUAUCUACGUAAAUUACCAAAUAAAUGUCAAGACAUGGGAAAGUGGCACUUACUUCGUAGGUCACGCAGUAGAAAUAUGUUUGCAAAUAUUGAAAAAUAAGUCGUUAAUCGCACAUAACAUUUAAAUAUUACUUUAAUCAUGUAUAUCUUUAUUUUUCUUAAAUUUUUAGUAUAUUUUUGUGAAUUCUGAAAUUUUUAAAAUAUUUUUGCUCAUCUGGAGGCAUGCAGAUUUGAAAGCACAAUUAUCUUCAGUAAUGACUACAAUUAUUCCUCUCUAUAAAUGGAAAACAACUGUUUAAUAAUAUUUUGAUAAACAAUUUAGACCAUGACAGAUGCUGAAACACAUAAAAAAUAGUGCAGAUAUUUGAGGAUUUAUUGACCUUUAGAACGAUGGUAUCAAAGUGCUUUUUCAUCCACUACAAUUAUGCAAUUCUAUAAUGUUUUUAUCUUUUAUUUCCCUUAGUUUAUUUUGUUUUUGAAGGUACCUUGUAGUUUGUUUAAUCAUCAAUUAGGUAUUUAUAGUGUGAGAGCAUCGUGCUCAAAUCCAUAUAUUUUGAAAUAUGAGUUUUUUCUCACUGUGCGAGAAGCAAAAUCAAAAAAAGAAGCUACCAUAACAUAAUAAUUCUUUUAUCAUACAUCUAAACAUUUUUAUCAAAAAGAAGAAAAAAGAUUCAUCAAUAACGGAUGAAUAGGUAAUUUUUACAAAAGAGACCUCGCCCUAAGGUAUAUCGGUUUCCUUUUCCAAACGCUACGUAAUGAACAGCUAACAUGGGAAUCAACGAGAAAAUAGUCCAGCACUUACAUAAAUGUUACCGUAUUUGUAACUAACACAAUAAGGAAUGAUUCGUUUAAGCGCUCCAUGAUUUGCGUGUAUUUUAGGGGAAAAAAUAUAGGUAUACUGGUAUAAUAAACGAGGAAUCUAAGAUAUAAGAAGGACAUUAGUCGUAUUCAUUAUAAUAUCAGAAAUAACUUAUUUUUCAAAAAAUAUUGUAUGGUAUCUCGAAUUAUAAAAUUAAUUGAGACAACAUU